AUGAAGGACAGGAGUGAUUCAAACACUGAGAGAGUGACUGCCUUGAUAUCUCUCAACGUGCUAACAACGGCAAUAGUCUCAUUGUCCUUGUUGAGGGAUGAGAAACUGGAUCCCUUGAGAUUUACCAUAGCCUUGUGGAUUGCCUUCUUCACCAUCUUCCUUGAGGUCAAGUAUUUCCUGACCUCAGUUGUGACUCGUGAGUGCUCCAGAUUCACCUCAUCGCGUUCUUCGCAUGAUCGAUUGAAGGUCCUGUACGCUCCUUGGCACUGCUACAAACAUCCAAGAGCCUGA